GAGAAGGGUCUUGAUCCGAAAUGUCACCCAUUCCUUCUCUUCAGAAAUGCUGCCUGUCCCGCUGAGUUACUUCAGCUUUUCAUGUCUAUCUUCGAUUUAAACCAGCAUGUUCCUUCUUCACAUUUCGUGUUACUGAUUAUAUUGUUCACUGCAGGUGUUCUCAUUGGGUGUUACAGUGAAAGAUAAAGGAAACCCAGCUCCACAGAUGUCCUGUGAAGGAACUCUCAUUAUUAACAUCCUUGAUCUGAAUGAUGAAAUCCCUGUCGUGAGGUAAGGAGGAGACCUGGAGUGGGGGGCCACCGUGAAUAAAGAGGGUCGAUAUACAACUAAUACAAACACAAAAUGCUGGAGUAACUCAGCGGGACAGGCAGCAUCUCAAGAGAGAAGGAAUGGGUGAAGUUUGUGGUCGAGACCCUUCAGUCUUCAGACAGCAUUUUGUGUGUAUCUUCGGUGUAAAUCAGCAUCUGCAGUUCCUUCUUGCACUAUAUAUAACUAGUUACAUAUAAAACAUGUUACAGCAGGUGAUGUGCCCUUUGCAAAGUGUUUGGGAUAUUGUGGAGUUACGAAGAAUCAUUCUUGUUAUGCAGAAAUAAAUGAGUUCAUGGAAACUAUAAUGUGGGAGUAGUGGAGGACCAUGCAUAUUGGUCACUCCUUGUGACAGGUUUAUAAAACCUCACUCUUUAUGUUAAGUUUCAGCCCUGAAAAUCCAAUAAAUUUCACGGAAGACCAACCCAUUGGAACAGAGGUGGUGCGGAUGAAUUCCACCGAUAGGGAUGCGGAUGAUGUUGCAUCUUAUAAUUUUGCUACAGCUUCCCAAGACUUUUCCAUUGAUCCAAAUACAGGGAUAUUGACUACAACGACAGUACUGGACUACGAUAACGGCACAACAAUCAAAUACCAUUCACUGCAAGUGUUUGUCACAGACAAAGGGCUCAACACUGUCACAGUGACCCUGACCAUUGUGCUUCAGCCUGUCAAUGAACCACCAGUGUGCACCUCACCACAGCUGACACAAGGAACAGGCAAGUUUUAGGAUCGGUCUUUCAUAGAGUCAUAGAGUGAAGCAGCGUGGAAGCAGGCCCUUCGGCCCAACUUGCCCACUCCGGCCAACAUGUCCCAGCUACACUAGUCCCACCUGCCGACGUUUGGCCCAUA